CUUUCUCUAUACAUCUAACAAACCGCAACAUCAAUUAAGCCUCAGCUUAACUUUUCUGCACUUUCUAACCUGCAGCUAGCGGUUCGUUGUAACCGACAUCUCGCGCACGUCAUACACCGCGAUGGAACAGCCCCUCCAUCACACGGGGGCUCAAUGCGCGAGCUGUGUGUGAAUGAGAUGACGCAUCGCUCUGCGAAGGCAACUGAUUGAGAGCAAGAUGGUGCGCACGGUGCCGCGCAGCCUCCUGCUUUAAUUCCUCGCCGCGUCCACAACACAGCGCGCACACACCGACCGCACGCACACGCUCACGCACACACGCACGCGAUCGGCGCUGGUUUUCACCUCAGCGGCGCAACUGAAGUCAGAGAAGCAAAUGUCCACGGUGUGAAUUGGCGCUGUGACGGCGGGAGCGCGCGCUCACGUCGGGGAUCCUGUUGAUUCGAGGAGCAGCUCAUCAGUGGAAGAGCCUCAGACAAGAAACGCUGGUCGCUCAAGCUCCACUGGUGACAUAUCCCGAGGGUUGCUUUCACAUUCAGGACGGCUCAGUGUUUUGACUUCUAUUUUCUUUUUCUUCUUCUUUCUUUCCAACGUUGAUUGAAGAGCUCUGGGAAGAAGGAAAACAAACAAAAAACAACAACAACAACCUGCGCCUCAUUUCUCGGCUGUUUGCUCUUCUCCUUUGUCACAGUGCAGCAGGUCGUGAUUUUUGUAUGCAACAUAAUUGGAUUCGUGGUGGGAGCAUUUCUUUCAUCAAUGUGCAUUGAUGUAGCAGAAAGCGUGGAGGAGAUAAGAACCCUUAUCUCGGCACCUGGAACCUGUGGUGAGGAUUUCACUGAGGACAGUCGGCAACUCAAAGGAUUUCGAUUCUUGUCUAAAUCGGGAAUUACACAUCCAAACUGGGAUCUAUGAGCGGAAAAGUGGCGAAGCCUAAAGAAGACAAGGAUGCUUCCAAGGAGCCCCAGCUAAAGGGGAUCGUGACAAAGCUGUACAGUCGACAAGGUUUCCACCUGCAGCUGCAGGCGGAUGGAACCAUUGAUGGAACGAAGGAGGAGGACAACGGUUACACCGUGUUCAACCUCAUUCCAGUGGGGCUGCGAGUGGUGGCCAUCCAGGGGGUGCAAACCAAACUCUAUCUGGCUAUGAACAGCGAGGGCUACCUGUACACAUCGGAACACUUUACGCCAGAGUGCAAAUUCAAGGAGUCGGUGUUCGAGAACUAUUAUGUUACAUACUCCUCCAUGAUAUACCGGCAGCAACAAUCGGGCAGGGGCUGGUACCUCGGUCUGAACAAGGAAGGAGAAAUCAUGAAGGGGAACCAUGUCAAAAAGAACAAGCCAGCAGCUCACUUCCUUCCCAAACCUCUCAAAGUUGCAAUGUACAGAGAGCCAUCCCUCCAUGACCUGACAGAGUUCUCCCGGUCCGGCAGCGGCACACCCACCAAGAGUCGGAGUGCCUCUGCUGUGCUCAACGGAGGAGGCAAAGCCGUGAGCCAGAAUGAGUCGUCGUAGCCCGGCAGCCGAAACCCAGGCCUUGGGGCCGAACCACGAAACCUUACCUCCAGCAGAGCACGAAUACAAGCAGACUCAUCUCACCGAUCAGCGGUCCUGGACUAGCUACGACAACAAACCACACACAAACACGCAGACACAAUUAACAACUAACAGUUAGGUACCAUCCUGGUCGGUCAUCAUCAAAAAAAAAAUCAUCAAUAGUAAGAAAGUUAACAGCACAUAAACCAUUCUGAACAUUCAAAAAACAAAUACAAUGUUUGUUUGUGUUUAUCUAUUACCUUGAUCACUCUUUUUUGGUGAUGAUCGCGUACCAGUUAGCUCAUCUUUAUCUUGUUUUAUUCUUCCUGUGGACAAUAACUUUUCUUGGGUCAUUUAGACAAAAGCACGUAUGCAUCUGUCAGCCAGGGACAGGAAGUUAGACAUGCUGGCAUUCAGGGCUGCCAGUAAUAGUACUGGUCUCCAGGCUGCAGUGGUACAGUACAAGCCCUGAUCUGUCUCAUCCAUGCUUCUGUGAAUACAAAGCCUAUAAACUCCCUGGUGUGGCACAGCCUAGCGCUGCUGGGACGGUGGCCAGCCAGACGGUAGCUCUCUUGCGCCCUAGUGCACACGCUCAGAGACUGAGCUCUCUAGCAUGGGGAAAUGAAGCCUAUGUUCAGCUGACCUGAAAUAUAAGGGACAGUGUGGCUCUUGCAUUUCUUUUUUUUUAAAGAAAUGCCACAGCUGCAUCUUGAUUUUUGCAAAUUUUCUGAAUUAGCCAAGAGCUUUUUAUUUGAUAACUGGUUUUCUUUCUGUCCCCUCUUGUUCUCUUCCCCUUACCAUUGUUCAGUAUUUGUAUUUUUGUUGCUGUUACAUCAUUAAAAGGGGUUCCAGCAAACCAAAGACAGAACGAAAGAGUGUCCCUUUAAGCCGCUGAGAACCAAGUCAGUAUAAAGGCUGGAAUUGUUUUUUCCAUUGUACAUUUUUGAAGAAGGAAAGCAAAGUUUUCGUGAAAAAAAGGAAAAAACGGACAAAGGAAGUGAUUUUAAACACUUUGGAAUUGGCAGCGUGCUUGAUGUUGUGCUUUUUGCUGAUAUGCUCGAUGGCCGAGGAUUGAAACAACUAUUCUGUGUUCCCAUUCCCUUCUGUUACCACUGUGUCACAAUGUCGCCGUCUUUUGUCUUCGUGAUCCGUUUCUUCUCUCUGUGCUUGCGUCAUACUUCCACUCCCCCACCAUCCUUUUUGUCAACUUCUAUUGUGACAGCUCACCAUAGGAAUAUGGUGCAAGCCCCUUACCAGGACGCUUGUUAUGUGUUUGAGUAUCUUAUUGUGGUGACAAUUUUUUCUAUAUUUAAAAAAAAGAAUACUGUGGACUUUUAGGUGGCGUAACAUUUUAUAGGACACGUCAUAUUUGUAAAAGUGAAGAAAAAAAAGAAAAAUAACACACACAAAUGAACAUCUUCCCUUUCUUGCACAGAGCAUGUCCAAACACACUUGUGUACAAAACGGACCCUUUUUGUGGGCUAGGUACUCUUCCCUUCAGCUACAUAACUUCUUUCUGGUACAUGCUUCUGGGAGGCUUUCUUUUCUUAGUUUCCUCCAGAGGUGGUUUGUAUUAGAUGAAACUAUCUGUUGCAUGGGACAAAGCAGGGACAUUCUGGUAUAGAGCUGCAUGAUGUAGGCUAUGUGUAUUAACCCAUGUUGGAUCAUGUGUUCCAAACUACCAGGCUAAAACAACAUUUAUAGGCGGACAUUGUGGCUGCCUGGUAACUUCCACUUGUUUAUUAUUUGUUGUAUACACAAAAAUGCACUGAAUAAAAUGUUUAUAAUAAGAUAUAAUUUUAAAA